AUGCUGCUCAUCGCCGCCAGGAGGCAAUCCUUCAAGAGACUCGCCAAGACGACCCUCCCGGAGGAGCUGCGCCCGAGGAACCAGCGCAAGAGACGACGGCGAGUGCAACCGGCUCGUCUUCCUGGCCAACAAGAGCGUGGGCAGAAACGGCCAAUUCCUCCAUCUCGCGCGCCGGGAACGAAAACCGGGUCCGCGACGUCGAGAAGGAGACCGUCAAGCUGCGGUCUCUUGUGGUGCCCGCUCUACUUUGUGCUGUGGCAGCUCCUGGGCUGCCUGGGGCUCAUGAUUCUCGCGGGAAACACGGCCUACCCUACCCUCUUGCGGCUGAUUGUUGGGACGGGACUUGCGCUGCUAAAGGCGUUGCUGGACCGCCCGUUUGCCGCACGGUGGAGGCUGGCUCCUGGCCCUGGCCGUUCUUUUACAUGUGCCACAUUCUAG